GGAAGCGCAUUUCCUGCCUCCCCGGGCCAGGCUGGAUGAGCCGGGAGCUCCCCACGGCUGCCGGUCAUACCCCAGCUCCCAUCCGCAGCCCCAGGCCGGGACUGUGCCCCCGCUGCCGUCCACAGGAGCCCAGCACCCCCUCCCCGUCCAUCCUUCAGCCAGCGGCCCCCCAGCCCGGCCCUGCGCCCCUGCGCCCACUUCUCCUGACCCCUCGGCCGCCACCUCAGAAGGCUGGAGCGGGGACGCCGUCGCUCCGGCUGCCUGAUCCCCUUGGGUCCCCGCUUGCGCCCACGCCGGCCCCCACGCCCGCCUGCAGCCUUGCCCCUGGACACCGGAUAAGGCCCAGCGCGCAGACCCCCAGGUGGACAGCAUGGACCGAGGCAGGCUUCCCCCUGUUGUUGCCUUGCUCCUGGCCGUCUCCAGCCUCACACCCGCAACAGGUCUUGCAGAAACUGUCCAUUGUGACCUACAGCCCGUGGAUGCCGAGGUGACAUACAUCACGAGUUGGGUUCCUGAGGGCUGCGUGGCUCAGGUCCCCAAUGCUACCCUUCAAGUCCACAUUCUCUUCGUGGAGUCCUCAAGGGAGGUGUCACAGGUGGAGCUGACUAUCCAGAAGUCCAAGCAAAAUGGCACCUGGCCCCGAGAGGUGCUCCUGAUCCUCAGUGCAAACAAGAACGUGCUCUUGCGGUUGCAGGCCCCCGGAAUCCCGCUCAACCUGGCCUUCGACCCCAAAAUGGUCAUCUUCCAAGGGCACCCAGGAAUCAACACCACGCAGCUGCCGCCCUUCACCACCAGGAAUCAGCUCCUCGACUGGGCAGAAACAAAGGGCCCCACUGCAUCUAUCGCUGAGCUGACCGACCCUCAAAGCAUCCUCCUCCGUCUGGACCAAGCCCCAGGGGCACCGUCCUCCUGCAGUCUGGAACUCCUCAUGGACAUGGGCCACACGCUCGAGUGGAGGCCGCUCACUCGGGCCCCUGUCCGGGGCUGUCGUUUGGAAGGUGUGCCUGGCCACAAGGAAGCACACAUCCUGAGGGUCUUGCCGCACGUUGGCACCGAGGCCAGGCCCCGGACAGUGACCGUGAAGGUGGAACUGAGUUGUGCUUCAGGGGAUCCAGACGCUAUCCUUAUCCUGCAAGGUCCGCCCUACGUGUCCUGGCUCAUCGACUCCAACCACAACAUGCAGAUCUGGACCACCGGUGAAUAUUCCAUCAAGAUCUUUCCAGAGAAGAACAUUCAUGGCUUCGUGCUCCCAGAUACACCCCAAGGCCUGCUCGGGGAGGCCCGGAGACUCAAUGCCAGCGUGGUAGCAUCCUUCGUGGAGCUCCCAGUGGCCAACGUCGUCUCACUGCAGGCCCACAGCUGCGGUGGCGGGCUGCAGACCUCUCCCGCACCCGUCCAGACCACCCCUCCCAAGGAGAGCUGCAACCAGGAGCUGCUCCUGUCCCUGAUCCAGCCCAAGUGUUCCGAAGGCAUCAUGACCCUGGUACUCAAGAAAGAUCUCAUCUCGACUCUGCAGUGCACCAUCACAAGCCUGACCUUCUGGGACCCCAGCUGCCAGGCUGAGGACAGAGACGACCAGUUUGUCUUACGCAGCCCCUACUCCAGCUGUGGCAUGAAAGUGAAAGAAAAUGUGGUCAAUAAUGAGGUGAUCAUCAACCUCUUGUCAAGUUCAUCACCACAACGGAAAAAGGUGCACUGCAUCAGCACGGAGGGCCUCCACUUCCAGCUGGGCCUGUUCCUCAGCCCACACUUCCUCCAGGCCUCCAGCACCAUCGAGCUGGGGCAACAAGGCUUUGUGCAGGUGAGCAUGUCCCCAUCAAUCCCUGAGCUCAUGCUCCAGCUGGACAGCUGCAACCUGGAUUUGGGGCCGGACGCGGACACCGUGGAGCUCAUCCAGAGCCAGGCACCCAAGGGCAGCUGUGUAAGCCUGCUGUCCCCAGGCCCUGGUGGUGACGUGCGCUUCAGCUUCCUCCUCCGUGGCUACAUGGUGCCCACACCCACGACCGGCACCCUCAGCUGCACCAUCGCCCUGCGCCAGAAGACUUGGUCCCUGGAAGUCCACAGGACUAUCUCCAUGCGUCUGAACAUCGUCAGCCCUGGCCUGCCUGACAAAGGCCUCGUCCUGCCUGCCGUGCUGGGUAUCACCUUUGGCGCCUUCCUCAUCGGGGCCCUGCUCACCGCCGCUCUCUGGUACAUCUACUCGCAUACACGUCCCCCUGGCAAGCGGGAGCCCGUGGUGGCGGUGGCCGCCCCGGCCUCCUCAGAAAGCAGUAGCACCAACCACAGCAUCGGGAGCACCCAGAGCACCCCCUGCUCCACCAGCAGCAUGGCGUAGUGCCCCGCCCGGAGACCUGGGGGCCCCAGAGCCAGCCCUCGCCCAGCAAGAGACACUGAGCAGCCACCAGCUGGGAACCACUGGCCACGGACUUCUCCCGGGACCCCAAGCCCUGCACUCGACCAAGGAUGGACCGUGCCCUCCGCACUCACCCCUGCUGCCUCCCUCGCAGAGGCCUGCUGCCAGCGGGGGCACCAGCUUGGAACAGCUUGGGGUCCCCCCACCCCACCGAACCUUCAAACCCAGUGGGCCUGAAGUACGGCCGCCCAGGACCACGGAGAGAGAGACCACUGCCCUCUAAGUCCACACUGUUGUAGAAACCGCGUCCCUGUAAUUUGAACCCGGACCCAGCACUUGGCGAUCUGGGCUAGGUGGGAGGGGAGAAAUAGACUCACCCAGGCCCGCCCAGAGCCCCCGGACCUGCUCCCGGCGGCCUCCACGCCUGGACUGGCACUACUCUGGCAAGGAAAAGAAGCCUGGGGGUGCCCAGCCUGGGAACAGGGGAGCCUAGCUCCUCCCUGCAACUGUCACAUGGAGACCCCCCCCAAGACAGGCAUUAGACGGGGACUGUCCCAACUGUCUGGCCUGGACCUGCCCCUGAGUAUACGCACCACCAAUAAAUUAGACCAUGAAAUGAGUGCUGGGCUCGGCAAAGGGUGGGAAACCAGACACGGUGGGGAGGAGACAGCUCUGGGUUCAGUUCCUGCUCCCGCCACUUAACUGGCUGUGGGCACGCCCCCUGGCUUUAAGCCAGCCAUGGCCCCCUCAGCUGUAACAAGGGCGAUGGGGGGAGGUCUCCAAAGCCGUGCCUGGCCUGUGGCCGAUGGACAUCGUCCAGUGGUCUCAUUUCAGCCACCCACCUGGGGCUCGGAGGGAGGGGCUCGUCCCAGGCCACUGUGGGCUCUUCCACAAUCCAGUUCCUGUACCAGCUGCAGCCCCCAUGCCCCUGUCGUGUGCUGAGGGAACUAGAAAUCAAGAGGCAAACAUUUUGCUGUUUCUUUAAAAAAAAGUUAAAGGCUUUAA